AUGAGCGUAGGCAUAUCGGAUGCUUUAUUAUGUUUUACUAAUAGUGAAAUUAAUCGACUAUUAGGUUUGUGUGAACAUGUUCAUGAUUUAACAACACAAUUACGAGAAAAAUCAGAUUAUGAAGCUAUUAAUCAAGAAAAAGUUCUGACAUUUGAUCGUAUUGCUGCUGAUACUCAACUUUGGCGACAAAAACUUGAUUCAUACAAAGCAACAAUUGAAGAACGAGAAGAAACUAUUGCCAAUCUUAAAAAGGAAGUCAAUGAUUUACAAAAGAGAAAACAAACUAAUGCAGAUUUUGAAGAUAGUUCAUUACGAGUACAAAUAGCAACUCUUCAAAAUACUCUACGUGAUCGUGAUAAUGAAAUCAAACAUUUAAAAUUAACUCUUCGUCAAGUACGAGAUAAAUUAAUACCAGGUCAAUUAUCUCAUGAUAAUCGUUGGAGAAGUUGUAGCGAAGAUAUUGGACGAAAUUUAUCCAUUGGAAAAUCACAUCGAUCGUCAUCUCCAAAGAAACGUUGUACAUCUCCUCCAGUUCGUGAUGAUACGUUAUCACCUCCAUUAGAUGUUGAAUAUUUAAAAACAAAAAUUCGUACAUUAACAGAUCGUUUAGCUAAUGUUCAACAAUUACUUGUUAAACGUGAUGAACAAAUUGUUACAUUAAAAAAAGUUCAUGAUAAACGUUGGUUACGUCUUAAACAUUUACAAAAACAAUAUCGUUCAGUUAAAGAUGAAUUACAAUCUUAUACUGAUGAUGAAUUAUUACAAAAACAAACAAAAAAUGAUUAUUAUUAUGGUAAAGCUAUACGAAAAACUAGAUCUGGCUGUUCUGUAUGUCAUAAUCAACGACAAAGAAAACAAACAGGUACAAAUAGAAAAAUAUUUAAACAAGAAGAUGAUGAUAAUAUUUGGAAUGAAGUAACAAAAUUAAGACGUGAAAAUGCAAGAUUAACUAAUGAAAAUUUAAGUUUAAAUGAAAAAAUUGAUUUACAAGAAGUCGAAAUUAAUGAACAAACAAUUGUUAUUGAUGAACUUCGUAAUGAAAUUCGAUUAUUAAAUGAUAAAGAUGAAAAAUCUCAAUUAAAAAAUUCAUCACCAUCAAUAAAUAAAUCUAAUGAUAAUCAACAACGUUUAAUUGAAGAAUUUAAUAAAAAAUUAUAUGCACUAGAAAAUGAACGAACAUGUUUAAUAUUUGAACAUGAACGUUUAAAAACUAAUCUUGAUUUAUGUAUUGAUGAAAAACAACAUUUAAUUCAACAAAAAAAACAAACAACAGAUGAAAUAAAACGACUUAAACUUCGUCUACUUGCAUUACAAGAUCAAAUACAUAAAUUAAAACGAAAUAAUCAACCAAUUAAUAAAAAAACUUCAACUAAUACAUCAUCAACAAUAAAAAAACGAAUAAUAAAAAAGAAAUCAAAAAAAUCAUGUUUAGAAAUGUUACUUGAUCAAAAUCAAAGUUCAACAUUUAUUGAUGAUCUUCAAAAUGAAUCAUCAGUUCUUUAUCGAACAUCACCACCAAAAUUCGAUAGAUUUGAUAUCAAUCCAUGGCGACGACAACGACAUCGUACGUGUAGUCUUUGUGAUAAUCAUACUCAAGCUUCAUUAAUGAAACGUAAAACACGAUCAUCAAUAUCAUCAACAGUACCCAAACGAAAAUAUGGUCCAUUAAAGAAAAAUUAUAAUAAUAAAAUUCGUUUAGCAAGUUCUUGUCAUCAUGAUUCCUAUUCACAUCAUAUUAGAAAACCUUCGAUACCUUCAACAGCACAAAAAGUUCCAACUAGAAUUGGAGCAAUGCGUAGACGUAUUGAACAAUUAGAAAUGAAUCUUGCUGAUGCGAAUGAAGAAAAUGAACAACUUACUCAACGCUUAUCAACAACACUCAGUCGAAUUAAUGUUAUUAAAACAACAAAUCAAAGACUUAUUAAUGAAUGUGAUAAAUUAAAAACCGAUCAUUUCACUCAAUCAACAUUAUCAGGACAAGAAAAUCGACGUAAUGAUUCUGUAAAUUCUGAUGGUGGUGAAAAUGUUGAUAAUUUACAUAUACGUCUUAAAAAUACUUCAUUCGAUGCUGCUAGACAACGAAAAUUAAAUAAAACUUUACAAACAGACAAUGAAACACUAACGAAAAAUCUUCAAUCAUUAACUGACAAAUUGACACAUACAGAACGUGAUGUAGCAAGUAAACGAAGUUUAAUUGAAAAUUAUAAAUCUCGGUUAAGUGAAUUGGAAACAAAUCUUAAUCGUUCAAAUGAAAAAAUUACAAACGAAAAUGAUGAAGAACGACUCAAAUCAUUAACAGAAACAAUGGAAAAAUUACGAGUUUCAGUACGUAUAUCAAAUAAUCAACGCACUAAAGUCUAUAAAAGAUGA